UUGUGCUUUUUGCGGAAGCAUUUUCCCGCGCUUUAUUCGAGUCAAAGCAGUACACCGAGUAGUUGGGUUUGUGAUGAAAUUUGUCAAUUCCAUAUCGUAAUCGCUGUCCCGAAUAUAGCGCGAAAUGUCGCCAGUAUCAUCUUCGUUAUUGGAUUAUGAUCCAGCGAGUCUACCGGAUUUACUACCGCUUUACUACCGACGACUGUUUCCUUUCUCACAGUACUACCGCUGGCUCAACUAUGGCGGAGUGCAGAAAAACUAUUUCCAGAACCGAGAGUUCUCCUUCACCCUCAAAGACGACAUCUACGUCCGCUACCAGUCUUUUACCACACAGAACGAACUGGAAAAAGAAAUACAGAAGAUGAACCCUUACAAAAUCGAUAUUGGGGCAGUCUACAGCCACCGACCCAGUCAACAUAACACGGUGAAGUCUGGAACCUUCCAGGCUCUGGAGAAGGAGCUGGUGUUUGAUAUAGACAUGACCGACUAUGAUGAUGUCAGAAGCUGUUGCAGUGCUGCGGACAUUUGUUCCAAGUGCUGGACUCUGAUGACCAUCGCAAUACGAAUCCUAGACAGAGCGCUUCGAGAUGACUUUGGUUUCCAGCACCUCCUGUGGGUUUAUUCUGGCAGAAGAGGGGUUCAUUGUUGGGUAUGUGAUGAAGCUGCCAGGACCCUUUCGACAUCAGCUCGAUCCGCAGUGGCAGAAUACCUCAGUUUGGUCAAGGGUGGUGAGGAGACUGUGAAGAAAGUGGUGCUGACAGAGCCAAUUCAUCCCUUUAUAAGAGAAUCACUGUCAAUUUUGGAGGGAUACUUUCCCAUGUAUGCCCUGCAGCAACAGGACAUACUUGGCCGCAAGGAGUCUGUAGAGCAAGUGCUGGCUCUUGUGCCUGAAGAUGUUCGAAAAGAGUUGCAACAAAACUUCAAGAACGAGAGAAACCCUGAGAACAGGUGGGAACUCAUCGUGGAACAAGCCAGCAGGAAACAGAUGACUGCCAAGAAGGGCCAACACUUUGAGAAAGAGAUCAUGUUGCAGUAUUGUUACCCACGACUCGAUGUGAAUGUUAGUAAAGGUGUGAACCAUUUGCUAAAGAGCCCUUUCAGCGUCCACCCCAAAACAGGGCGCAUCUCGGUUCCCAUGGACCUCACAGAACUGGAUACGUUUGAUCCCUUGAGUGUACCCACAAUCAGUUUGAUCUGCAACGAGUUGGAUCGGGUCAAGGUGGGUGAGGUAGAAGAUGAAAAUGUAGAGGUCAAGGAAAAUGAGGAAGAAACUGCAGAGAAACGGAAAAUCAGAGGUUACAAAAGAACCAGUCUGGUUAAAUACAUCAAGUAUUUUGAUACAUUUUUAGAUGGCCUAGCUCAGUCACGGAAAGGAGAACUUCUCAGAAAGAGUGAUCUUCAAAAGGAUUUUUGAGCCGACGAUUCAAACAUCUUCGUUUGGAGCGACUUCGUUGCCAUUUCCCUGAUCAACAAUGACAUCAUUACUCUGAUCCGAUAUCUUUAACUCUGUACAGCCAGCACCAUAUUCAUAAUUAAACCUUAAAAAGAA